UCCUCCUUAACGCAAAUGCUUGCUGACACAGCAUCACUUCGGCUAAAUAGAGGAUUUUUCUUGUUGUUGGAUAGAAAAGGACCAGGAGCAAGAUGUAUAGUUUUGACGGAAAACACAGGCAAAAGCCGAUUGUAUCAUUACGUGGCGCAAGUAAAAAGGAAACAAAAUCUUCUUUUAUGGAAAAAAGAUUGCAGGAAAGGCAACAAAGAUGGAAUGCCAGAAGUGAAACUUCUGCGUGUAUACGAAUUCAAAAAUUUGUGAGGGGAUGUCUGUGCAGAAAAAGAGAAGCACGAAAAUUGCGAGAUUUAUUUGACCAGGAAAUUAUAAUGCUACGAAAAAAAGAUACAAAAAAGGAACUCAGGUUCGACGAUACAAAAAUUGCUCUUCGGAUGAUUGGUUUCUUCCACAAUUCACGCACGGAUCAUGAUAGAUUAAUACAACUUUGCCAGUUGAUUUUAAAACUUCACAAUGCCGGAGAAAUACACACAGCCGAAGGCGAAAGGAGAUGGAUCCAUCAGUUUAAAACUUUACUUUAUCUUUGUUUAAGGAAUUUAGAAGAUUCAACAGACCCAAAAAUAUCUAUAACAGUGCCUCUGCGAAUAUUGGAGGUGUUUCUUCAGUCAUAUUUGUUCUCAUCAGAUUCUCAUUCAACAACCAACUCUAACGGCAAAUUGGUGAUUCUAUAUCUAAUUAGAAAAGGGUACUUUAGAUGCGUUAGAUCUCUAAUCAAUAACAGAGUACCAGCAAGUUUGGAAAUGUCAGCGAAACCGCCAACGCCAUUAGCAGCGAGUGUUAAAAACAUGGUGCUGAAGCCGAUUCAAAGUGUGAUGACGCAGACAUCUAAGGCUGAUGAAACUGCAAGGGACGAAAUAAUGUGUAAUUUUGCAAGUGAAAUGUUGUGUCCAGAAAUGUCAAAUCAGCUGUUUCUGUUUCUGAUCCCGUCAUUAGCAGAAGAUGUUCCCAUAGCAGAUCUACUUCAGUCUAUUCUCCGGCUAUCAAAUGUCGAUACAACAUCAACUGAGAUCAAUCCAGGCCUAAUGGUCAAUGCUACAUCUUGGUUACUCUAUGGUCUUCUCUCCUUCGGUGAAAAACAGAUAGGAGGUCUUUCACUGGAAAAUCUGGCAAGAUACUUAAUACUUCUGAAAUACCUUGUGCCCGUUUUGCCGUCCACCAAAGAUAUAACUUCAAAGAGCAAAUCAGCUGAAGAAUCCGACUCCGAUUCGGAUGCCGAAGAAAUCGAAAUGGAAACUGAUUCUCCUCUCGAGGAGUCCAGUUCAAGAAAAUAUGCUAUGUUGCGAGAACAUUGUCUUGAGCUACUAGACUCUCCUAACCAUGUUAAAGAACUUGUUUCUCUUGUUGAGCGUUGCUCCGUCGGAAGGGAGCAGACCUCGACUGAUGACGAAAACAGAAUUAGAAGUGCCUGCAUAGAGGCUAUAUGCAACAUCGCCUUCGCACUAACCACAAAUCAGAAGUUGCUUGUGCAUAAAACAAGAUUGCUGCAGAGAUUAGCUUUCAGCCACCGGUUCAUGAAAGGUACUUGGUACUUGUUGUCAAAACUGACUACGAAAACAGGAGUGGGGAAGGAUGCUUUAUUUGUCAAUCAACUGGCAAGAGGUGCGGUGAUGCCAGAUAGAGAAAAAGCCCGAAUCAUUCCUGUUCUCAGCAUUUUCUGUACGCUGUUCCGAUACGCUUUGUUUUGCGUGUAUGAUACUGACUUUUUCAGUUCAAAGGCAGGCUCAAGUGAUUCUAUGAUGCCCUUUACGCUGCCAAACCUCGUCAGCAUGUCGAAAACACUUCUCGAUGUUUUGAUUGGUCUCAUUCAAAUGAUGUUCUCAGAAACUCGAUCUAACGUUGUGAAUGCUUAUGGCAAAGCUAUGCUGAGUGUGGGGGGCAGACCUCUUGGAGAUGCAAGUGGCUUGGAUGAAUGGGGAGGUACCUGUCAGGCGGUGACUCUGCUGGUACGGCAGCUGCACUCGAGAGACAGCCGUCAUCAGUUUUGCCCCGAGGGACACUGGUUGUCACCUAGAAUUGCAAUAAAUGCCGAGCAAGUUACAAUCGAAGGAUUCUUUGAGGAAAAAGAUGAAAAUGAUGAUACAUUCAAGCCUGGAAUAUCAGCACUCACUGCCAGAAGUAUGGCAAUUUUGCGACACAUUCCUUUCUCAGUUCCCUUCCUACAACGCGUUCAGAUCUUCCAAAGAAUUUUGAACCAAGAUAAAGAUGAUUCACAUGACCCGGCAGCGGAUUUGUCAAUGCGAAACCCAUCAUCGUUCAUAACUGUGAACCGGAAAUACUUGUAUCAAGACGCAUAUGACCAACUCUCUCAAGAAAGAGCGCCUGAUAUCAAAAAGAAAAUUCGUGUGAAAAUGAUCAACGCUCAAGGCCUCGAUGAAGCCGGUAUUGAUGGUGGCGGAAUCUUCCGGGAAUUUAUGUCCCAGCUGGUAAAACAAGGAUUUGAUCCGAGUUACGGUUUCUUCAAAAGUACUCCGGAACAGUUGCUUUAUCCUAAUCCCCAGGCGGCAAAGAUCAAUCCAGACUGCCUGAAGCAUUUCCAUUUUCUUGGCAGAAUACUUGGCAAGGUUAUCUACGAAAACAUGAUGGUUGAGAUGCCCUUUGCUCCAUUUUUCCUCUGCAAGAUUCUCAACAAGCAUAGUGCCGAUGUUGACAUCCACCAUCUUGAAUCUCUCGAUCCUGAACUUUACCGGAACCUUCUAUCAUUGAAAAAUUACGACGGAGAUUUUGACGACAUCGCAUUGAAUUUUACGGUCAUUAAUGAAGAGUUAGGAAAUGUCGAGGUGGAAGACCUGAAACCCGGAGGCCGAGACAUUCUAGUCACCAGCUCAAAUAAAAUUGAAUAUAUCCAUUUAAUGGCUGAUUAUCGACUCAAUAAACAGAUUCGUGCCCAGUGCAACGCCUUCAGAGCUGGCUUGUCUGACGUCAUCAAUAUCGAGUGGCUUCAGAUGUUUGGUCAUCGGGAGUUGCAGGUGCUCAUAUCCGGAGCCCCGGUCCCAGUGGAUCUAGAAGACUUGAGAGCAAAUACCAACUAUUCAGGUGGGUACGAAGAUGGUCAGGAUUACAUCGAAGCCCUUUGGUCAAUUUUGAAUGGAUUCAACGAUGAUCAACGAAGAAAAUUCAUCAAAUUCGUCACGAGCUGUUCAAGACCGCCACUCCUUGGUUUCAAGGACCUCUAUCCUAAAAUGUGUAUUCAUUUUGGUGGCAAAGAAGACCGUUUACCAAGCGCGAGCACGUGCAUGAACAUUCUAAAGUUACCUGAAUAUGAAACAGCAGAAAUCCUGAAAUCGAGACUACUGUAUGCAGUUGAAUCAGAGGCUGGGUUUGAACUUAGUUAGUCUUUAGGUUUAGUUUCAUAAAAGUUAUAUUUUAAAAGUAAUGUUAAUCGUAAUUCAGCCCUUGCCUUCUAUUACAAAGAAAAGUAUUUUCUUGCUAAACUUUUUUUAAUUUGAUUUUCAACAGUUAAUUGACACGUUUUAUUGUUUUGUCGCAUUGAGUUUUUAACUUUGAGUCUAUUUUCUUAUUCAAGAAAACCAAUUUUGUAAUUAGCAAAGGUGAUUAAUUCGUAUGUUUUACUUUUCAUACAAUCCGUCACAGUCAUUCAAAUAUUCACUCGCUCAAAGUCGUGUCAACUCUUAAUACCAACAGUGGUGCUUUGCUUAUGAAGCUUCAAGAGAUGAGGUAACAGACACGCCGAAGCCGAAGUUUUCUAAUUUGUCUAAAGCCCCUUCACCCCAAAA